UAGAUAUUGUUCAUUAUUUAAAUGAGCACACCUGACUUUCCUCUGGUUGGGCGUGGUCCAAAGCCCUGCCGCUGUGAGCUACUUAUCACAGCAAGUGAAACGUCCCUGGAACCAGCUGCAAAAUUCCCAGGGCCCUCAUAGCUCACCAGCCUUUUCACAGCAUCGGCGGAAACUCAACAUCAAGGCUCGGAACCCGGGAAGAAAAAUGAAUGUCACCAGGUCCAGAUAUCUAAUCCUCUCGUUUGUCCUCAUGUGUGGCCUGGUUCCAGAAGUUACAGCAGGCGGUGAAGAAGCUUCGGAUGGUCUUAGCACCGCCCAGGAACCCGUAUGGCUCCCAGACGUCCCAGCUACCGUGGAACUCAUCGAUGCUGCCGAAGUGGCCAUCAUAGGCUUCUUCCAGGAUUUGGAAACACCGGUAGUGCCCUUGUUCCGCAGCAUGGCACGACAGUUCAAAGACAUAUCUUUUGGAAUCAGCAACAGCUCUGAGGUCCUGGCCCACUACAACGUCACCGGCAACAGCAUCUGCCUCUUUCGAUUGGUUGAUAAUGAACAACUGCAUUUGGAUGGUAAAGACAUUGAAGAUUUAGAUGCUGCCAAACUGAGCCGUUUCAUUCAGAUGAACAACCUUCGCUGGGUGACAGAGUACAGCCCCAGGAAUGCGGCUGGCUUGUUUAACACCAAGGUUCAGGUUCAUCUUCUCCUGAUGAUGAGCAAGGCUUCCCCAGAGUAUGAAGAGAGCAUGCGCAGAUACCAGAAGGCAGCUAAGCUCUUCCAGGGACAGAUUCUCUUUGUUCUGGUGGACAGCGGCAUAAGGGAAUACGGAAAGGUGAUAUCCUAUUUUAAACUCAAGGAGUCUCAGCUGCCAGCUUUGGCCAUUUAUGAAACUGUGGAUGACAAGUGGGACACACUGCCCAUCACAGAGGUUACAGUGGAGCAAGUCCAGGGCUUCUGCAAUGAAUUCCUAAAGGGGGCAUUGCUGAGAGAUCACAGAGCCGAAGAAGAUGCCGUGAAGGAGGAGCUCUGACCUCUGACUGUUCCCUGGAACUUACGCUUACUGCUCCGUG